CCCAUGUGGUAAUCUGUAAUAGCAGACGACAGUGGGAAAGUCUCAGCUAGUGUCGCCAGCGAUUUACCUUCUGCAUAUGGAAAACACAAAUUGAGGAGUAACGAGCAUGAAUAGUCCGUAUACAACAGCCGUAUCGAAGUCCGAAGAGAUCAAGUACAGACAAAAAUGCAAGGAUCUUAAGGCAAGGAUAGUACAAGUACAAACAGGGAAUGAACAGUUAUUACAAAAAUACGAUUACAUUAGAAAAACAGUUCGACGAGCAAGACUAGAGCGAGCUUUCUUGAUGGAACAAUUGGAAAAACAAUCUCAAGAAAAGGCCGAUCAACUUGGACAACAGGCCCGACAAUCUCCACCGCCUCCUCCUGAAGGAAUUAAGAUCAAAAUAUCCACGAAAGGAACGCAACCCCAAAACAAAAAACGGAAGUCACCUUCUACUAAGUCAGACACAUCUAAAAGUUCAAAAAAUGUCGGUAAAAAUCAAGAAGACCAAGAAAUCAUUAAUGGAAAUCCAGAGGAAGUAACCAACAUUGAAGAUAAUAUGAACGCUGAAAAACCUGCUAUUCCACUUGAUGCAGAUAUGAGAGAUAGUAAAACGGCGGAGAAUUUAGCAAGUAAUGCGGAUGCUCAAAACAAGAAUCAAAAAUCCAAUAGUGCAACUCCAAAAAUCACAAACCAUAUGGCGUUUACGUAUUUUUCCUCUCAGGAGAAAGCGAAAUUAAAAGAAGAAGGUAAUACUCUGAAGGGAACGGGAUUAAAAAAACUUCUCGACGAUUCUUGGAAUGCUCUGAAUGAUGAAGACAAGAAAAAAUUUUUUAACGGUGCUGCUGAAGCAAAGGCCAAGAAAGAGCCCAAACGAAAAAAGACUGCGAGAUCACCAGCAAAGACAGAAAUAAAAGAAGAACACGGCUCUCAUGAACCUCCUAUCCCAGAAAAUAUUCAACCUAAGGAGCCUGAGCAAGAAAAUAAAGAUGCACCUGCACCUACGAAUGGUCCAGAAGUAGUACGUACCGGUGGAUUCACCGUUGUUAAUCCUUCGCCAAAGGUAGAGAAAUAAAUUGGUCUUUUAGCAGUCUCUCGCGGAAAAUUACUAUAUGGCUUCUUAAAUUUGACCGAUAAUUCCAUAUUAUGGGAAGUUAAUAUUGGACUAAUGCAUUCUGCUUAAAACAUUAUUUUUAAUAUUUACUUUAAUAACUACAUUUUUGUUCAGUAUACUCUCGAGGGGAAAUUAAGUUCUUAUUAUAUGGUAUGUUUGAAUCUACCAAGCAGAAGCCUACUCUGUCUGAAUGCAACUUAAUUCCUAGCUCAAUUGGAAGUAAACUAAUUUUGGAGGAAUCCAUAACGUAACAAAGAAAAUGAAUGUGAAGCUUAUAACUCACGAGUUAUGAAAUUGUAUCACGAAUAAAGUGAGUCGUUAGGUGAGUAAACUGAUGUUCGACUGAUAUAUCAAUUGGGCUGUUUCCUAAUGUUGAACAUCCAUCGAAUCCACUGUUUUAAAAAACUAAUUGAUAUGAAGGUUAGCUAAUAAACUAACGACUCACUAUCAAGGAUACCUUCUUGUAUUGAAGUCUAAAAUUGCUAAUAAUGUACUUUUCAAAGGGACAUUUUGGGUAAAGUAGAGCUGUGUAGAAGUUAGAAAAUUUUAUUGGGAUAAAAUUAAGAAACCCUGACAUAGAAAUUAGAAGUUGUUCCGUCAUUUGCAG